UAUCGAGAUCAACUCCCUGGCAACCCGUGCUUUGCUACAAACCUCGAUUUUGACUGCUGGAAAGAUCUCUGACCGAAGACAAAAGCGAGGAAUACGCUUACAGAUCUGUUUUAGUGAUUUAUCAAUCUGCUUCAUAACUUUACGGGACUCCAUACUUGGAUUUUUUCGAUCUACCUUGAAAAAUGACUUCGUACAGGGCUGCUGAUUCCAAGAGGGAAGAAUUCAGAAAGUAUUUGGAAAAGGCUGGAGUUUUGGACACGCUCACUAAAGUUUUGGUCGUACUGUACGAGGAACCUGAGAAACCCAACAAUGCUCUAGAUUUUCUCAAACAGCAUCUAAAUGUGUCAGGCCCUGAAGCAGCUGAUGUGGAGAGUUUAAAACUUGAAGUAACAGAGCUCAGGCAGAAAUGUGAACAGUUGCAGGAGGAGAAUAGUGAGCUAAAAGCAAAGAUUCAACAGUUGGAGCCCCCAGCGGAGCCAGAAGUGCCUGAAAACUAGCGUUACUGCAAAGACAGCAAAUCAUGUACAUAAAUUGUAAAGAUGCCUUCAUUUGUGUCUUUUCAGUGCAGUCCCUUCAUAGCAACAUUCUGUGACGCUUCAUCAGCCAUCUCAUUGUUUUCUGGUUUUGUUUUCAUCCGUCUCAUCUCCUGUGACCUGUUCUGUUGAUAAACUGGUUUGUUUUGUUUCUAAACCCAAAGAAUCUGUCAUGGAAAGCUGUUUCAAAGCUUUCAAAAUCAAGCCAACAGCUGUAAUUUUGUCCAUCAUUUAAGCAAACUGCUGGCACAUCCACUUUUGAUGACAAGGGCAUCAAAGCUUUGAUCGCUGUCAGUGCUGUCUAUGUCUUUUGAUUCGGGCUAGUGAUUUGCUCCAAUUUCAUCUUUGAGCAGAAACUUGUAGCAUUAUCCCUGCCUUUGAACAAAAUCAAGAAUGGCUGUGAUAAAGGGUUUUGCAUUUUUCAGUAAGGGAAAAAAAUUGUCUUCACCUUGUGAACUCUUGUGUGACGUAAUAUCUAGGCCAACCUAUUUUCAGGGUACUGUGUAGGGACCACUUCAGCUGCGAAAUAUUCCAUCCUCAUCGAGAGAAUGAUUUUUAAGUAUGUUUGUCACUAUCUGUUCUGAAAGCAGCUGUGGAAAUGAAACUAAUUCUUUGUUUUAUAUAGAAUGUUUGAUGGUAGUAAUUCCAACCAUAAAGUACCAAGGUGUUAGUUCUUUGAAAACUGACGAAAAGUUUUAAUGUGUGCAAAUGUCCAUUGUUUAUGUGAAAUUUAUGCCUCGGAGAUCAAUUAAAAAUAUAAAACGAGUA